CCCUCGCCUCCAUCCUGAUUCAGGAGGGGCACUCCUUGCCUUUUGUUUUCUGCCCCCUGUUCUUUUUGCCUUCACUUAAUGCCGUUGUCGAGUGAUGAUGUAACUCUUGUCCACAGCUGGUAGGCACUACUCGCAUGAUUGCUCCAUGUUGCUUGGAUUGUUAGUCGUAAAACGAACCUAGUAUCUGCAAGACCACCCACCACCCUUGGACAUAGGUUGCCCUCUAGUUCUCAUUAAACGAUUCAGUUUCCAGGAAAAAGCUACAACAUUCCGGCUUUAUCGGCGAGGGUGGCUAACGAAGCUAUGAUAAGAAUAGUAACCACGAAUUGCCGGGAGUUUCUCCGUUGCAUUCUUCGCCCGGGCCGCAGAAAACGUUAUUAGAUCAGCCCCCGCAACAGUUGGAUCAAAGAUUGCCUUUCCUCAACUCAUCGCGACAUUUCCUUUGUUUUCACUUUCCUCGAGCAUCGAUGUCGCGGCCUUCAUGACUCUGGCCCCGUCGAAGAGAGUCACUGUCCGGGUCUGGACCCUGGCUGACAGUUACAGAUGUGUUUCUCUCUGCAGACGCAGCUACCAUUCAAACACCCACAGCUCAGAUCCGACGCGCAGCGUAAAACGACGCGAAUUCCAUGAUUAUUUUGUUACGCAUCUUCCGUCAUCCUCACUCCAUCCAGACCCUAGGGGGCCGCUCACCUCUUUCCACAAGCUUCCUCGCUCAGCUUCAGUUCCCCAUACUGGAGAGUCAUCACACCCCCCAACUUCGUUUCAGGCUUUAGUCAAUCGAGAGACGACCGUAGUUCGAAUCCCAUUACGCAGCGCAAAACACCACUUUGGAGCUACCACCUCCCGCGGGACUCGCCCUGCUAAUGAAGACACAUACCAAGCCGGAGUCAUUGACAUUCCGGCUUUUGCAAAGCGACCUCCCUCAUCUCUAACGAUACGAGGAGCCGGCGCGCGGGAUGUUUCCGGUCCCCGGGAGAAUAGAGCCGCCGAUAGUGCAAGCGGAGAUCCGCAAGUGUUCUACUUUGGUAUAUUUGACGGGCAUGGCGGGUCGGAGUGCAGCACUUUCUUGAAGGAUACACUGCAUGAGUACAUUCAGGAUACUGCCGCCGAGUUUGAGCUGCGGUCAAGUUUGCAAAAGCCCGGAGAUGACCUCACCAAAGAGGUGGCCGAUUCGCCAUCGGGCGAUUUGCCAAUCCGACAAGGUGGUAAUGCGUCGCGAGUGCGGCAAUUAGAGAGCACUUUAGUGCAAAGCUGGAGGACGCUCGUUGGUGGAUAUUUCAAAAGAUUCGUCCCGCCUCAUUUCUCCCAGCUCCCCAAACAGAUUGCAGAGGGCGAUGAACGACCAGGGCUGGACGACAACAACAACGCCGUCACAAUUGAGGAGAUUCUCGAGUAUGCCUUUUUACGUGCAGACCUGGACUUUGUCUCCGCCCAGGCCGCUAGAAAAGACGAUGAGUUGACGAAUGUCUGCCGCCCGCUAUACCAAGACGACAUUCUCUACGGACCGCGCCGUGCUCAGGAUAUUUCUGGUCUAAGACGAUUUAAAGGCGGAAGCACAGCGAGCGUCGUGCUGAUUUCCACACCAACGCCCUUACCUUUCUGGCAUCCAUCAAGCCCUUCCAGCUUGCUGGUCUCGCACGUUGGCGAUACUAGGAUCCUGCUAUGCUCGACGGCAACUGGCGAAGCUAUUCCGCUAACAUCCAAUCACCACCCUUCCUCGCCGGUUGAGGCGAACCGUCUACGACGAUACGCAGCUUCAUUUGUCACCGAUUCCUUUGGUGAGGAACGCAUCAGCGGGUUAGCCAAUACCCGUGCCUUUGGCGACGUACAAUCCAAGCGCAUUGGAGUAUCGGCCGAGCCAGAGCUCCGCCGAUUCGAGAUGGCACCUGCCGAGUAUUCGUUUAUGGUCCUCAUGUCCGAUGGUAUCACCGAGGCAAUCAAUGACCAAGAGGUCGUCGAUAUCGUCAAGGAAGCGAAGACCCCUGAUGAAGGGGCUCGAAGUGUGGUCAACUUUGCCACGGAGGUGACAAAAUCAGGGGAUAACUCUACCUGCCUCGUUGUACGACUCGGUGGAUGGGAGCGACGCUUGGAAGGUGGAUUGGGGAGCUUGGGAACAAAAGAAUCUCGCGAAUGGCGCCGACAAGAGGCCACUGAUCCGCGCAGGUCACGGACAUAAAAACAGAGCAAUGCAUAUACUAUGAUGAGCAUUUUUUUAAUCAGCUUUCGCUGUACUUUUUUUUUAAUUUUUUUUUUUCUGAGCAUGAACUGUACAUACAUACUGAGAAUAAACAUUUCUUAUGAUUUCCA